UACGUCAUCAAUGCUCGCCGUCGCACGAUGACGUUGCAGAAAGAAGAGGUAAAGGCAGUUCCAGGAUGCCACAUUGUUCAGCAAUCGGCUGUACAAACAGGACAGAUGGCAAACACAAUCCACCAGACCUUUCCUUUCACUCUUUCCCGACAAGGGACAGGGGCUUAUUGAAGAAAUGGCUACACAAUGUUGGAAGAGAGAUGUUCACGCCUACAAAAGCCUCGAAACUCUGUUCGGCACAUUUUCUGCCUGACUGUUUCAAGGUGGAUGUGUAUGAAAAAUAUGGCUUGGAAAGCAAAGAAAGACAGCGCAGAAAAAGACGCUUGUUGGAGGAUGAUGCCGUGCCAACAGAAUUUGUCCAUCGCUCAACACAACAGGUGACACUGGCUUCGCCUUUGUCUCAGAUGGAGAAAAAAGAAAGAAAGCGACAGAUUAAUCAGCGAUUGAGAGAUAUGUGUCAUGAAUCUACAACAAUAAUGACUGAAUUGGUAUGUCCGCCUGAAAGCCCCAAAAAGAUAAAAGUGGAAACCUUGACUGGGGAAGUGGCAGAAUUGCACAAUGAAGAAAUGGCUGAGCAACCGAAAUAUUUGUUUGUUCAACCAAUAGGUUUCGUAGAAAUCCAAUGUGCACGACAGACAUCCAAAUUGGAGGAGGAAACCGGAGUACCGGAAGAGAACGACUAUAAUCAAAGUGUUCCAGAGCAUCAUGGGGGGUCUCCACAGCGAGUAAAAAAGGAUCAUGCCUAUGCUACUUCCAAGUUGAUCAGAUCUUCUGGCACGCUAAGUGGCAUGUUCAAAAAAAUGAAAAAAGCGCCGGGGCUGGAAACAGAGCCAUUUAAUUCUUCUACUAUUCACUUUGAGGAUGACUUAGAAGCAAAAGAGCACAGAGCAGAAUAUCUACCUUCAUCAUCAGACACCUGUACGUCCGGUGACCGUGAACGUCAUCUGCACGGUGCAGACCCAUACACCAGUAAAAAUGAUCCUGAUAGUGAGGAGCCAGAGCCACAUGACCUUGAAGAGAAUGACGAGCCAGCGCCCCACCACAUUAAACAGGAAGAGGAGCCUUACAGUAGGUUGGAAGUAGUACAGGUAGCCCAACACAUUCAAAAAGAAGAGGAACCAGAACUCCAUCAUUUUAAUCUAGAAGAGGAGCCACAACCACCCCACAAAGAAGACGAAGCAGUGCCAGAACCUCCUCGAACUGGAGCCUCACACAUUAAAGUGGAAGGCCAUGAGGCUGAGUCAACUAAUUUUCCAUUAACUGUCAUUCUGAAGACUGAAUAUGAUGAGGAUGAAAGUGCUGAAAAUCAAAGUGACGAACUAGGAGCAGGCACUUUCCCGGCAAAUUGUACAGCAAGUGCUGAUGGCGCCACAACCCGACAGCCAAAUAUGGAAACAAGAGUCGCCACAAAUAGUGUGGAAACUUCAAUAAAUGUAGCGCAACCGUCCAGAGUAAAUGAGGUUUUCAAGGUUCACGCAGUGAAAAAAAGACUUUCACCAAAAUUGGAUAAUUCAGUCAAGUCACUGUUGAUGACACCUUUUAAAAAAAGAACCCUUACAGAGAAACUCCAAGUGAAAGAACGUGGACCUCAUCAGCCGGACAUCCAGAUGAAUCAGCACUUUAAAGACAAGGGGGCGAAUUGCACACACACUUUUUCCAAGACCUGGUUCGCCAACAAGGCUUGGCUAACCGGAUGCAGUGAGACCAAUGCUUUAUUUUGCUUUCCGUGUCUCCUUUUUCAAAUGCCGCAAUCCGACCCGUUGUGGAUUAAGACAGGAUUGACUGAUUUAAAACACUUUGACGAGGAAGCAAAGAAUCACGAACUAACUACCAUCCACGUGGAAAACGCAUUGCGACUAGCCAUGUUCGGAAAAGCAAGCAUAGCAUGUCAGCUGGACGAAAGCUACCGGUUAGGGAUUCGCAAAAACAAUGAGGUGGUGGACAAAAACAGGCAGAUGCUGUCAGAAAUAAUUGACCGCAUCAAGUUCUGCGAUGCCUUUGAAUUUUCCCUGCACAACCAGAACGAAAGCAAAGGCUUUGAGAAUCCUGCUGUUUUUCGAGUGUUGGUAGAUUUUGCUGCGGCACUGGAAACGGAUCUUCAUGAGCACCUACAGAACAUAGUGUUCGAGGGAAUUUCCAAGACCCUACAGAAUGAACUCCUCGACUGCAUGUCGUUAGUUUUAAGAGAGGGCAUCGUGGAAGAAAUCCAGAGCGCCGAUUAUGUCUCGAUCCAGGCCGACCAGAUAAUGGACAUUUCUGCUCAGUGUCAUCUGGCGCUCGUUUUCCGCUACAUUGACAAAUCCCACGAUGUUCACGAAAGGCUUUUUGAGUUGAUGCCUCUCCGACACGCCACAACCGAUUCCAUCGCCACAAUGCUGCUGGAUCAGUUGAGUGUCGUCAUUCCGGAUCACCAGAAGAAAAAGCUAAUUUGCCAAGCGUAUGACGGCUCGAGUGUCAUUAACGACACUGUGAGUAGUGUGCCGAAGAAGAUAGAGCACCUCUAUGAAAAUGCGCACUAUAUCCACAGCUACGCUCACCAACUUAACGACAUCAUGCAACAAGUGACUUCCUCUGACCCGCAAGUGACUAAUUUCUUUUCAGAUCUGGCACAUUUCUCAACCUUUUUUUCAAAAUCUCCCAAGAGAAUCGCUAAGCUUGAUAAUGCAGUGGCCCAAAGACUUCCAAGGGUGGGCAAAAUCGAGUGGAACUUCCAAAGUCAGGCUGUCCUAACUGUUUUCCGGCACAAAGAGCACCUGCUCCAGUGUUUUGAAACAAUCAUUGAAUCAGGAGAGUUUGAUUCCAACACUGUGAGAGAUGCCAGGGGGUUGGUGAGAAUACUGGAGGAUGACACUUUCAGCUUCUUCCUGAGACUGUUCCACCUCAUCAUGCUUCACAUCAGCAUUCUUGACAAUCUACUCCAGGAGCAGCCCAUCAACUCGAUCUUCAUUAAAGAAAUAAUGCAGAACUUCACUGACAGCAUACACGCAGCCAGGGAUUCCCUUCCUUCCCUAGGUGAAGAACACCGUUGCAGUUUACCUUCACUGGCCAAAAGACACCAAACACUGGGCCAAGGUGAUCAUCAGAUGGUAGCUACAAAGGUCUGCAACACCAUCUUGAACCUUGCAAAAGAGAGAUUUGCUUUCACGACGCACCUGAUCAGUGCUACGCUGUUGCUAGCAGAUAGAUACGAGCACUACUGCAGCAAUUUCCCUGAAAUGGCACUAAACUCCACAGUGGAGGCUUACCCACUGCUCAACAAGAACAAGCUGAAAAUGGAAUUGGGUGUGAUUUACGGCAACGAUGAGUUCAGGAACUGCAAAAGUGUCGUGGCACUGUACCAGCUCUUCAUGAGGAACGGUCUUCAGGACACCUUCUCUGAGACUGUGACUCUGCUCAAGAUCCUCAUCACUAUUCCUAUGAUGACGACGGAAUCAGACCGGUGCUUCUCCACGCUGAAGAAAAUCAAGACAUUCCUCCAGAACGCCGUUUCGCACAAUCAUCUCAAUGCGUUAGCUGUGAUCGCUAUGGAGAGGAAUUUUAUCAAAAGCAUCCCAGAUUUUAACCACAGAGUCAUUGAGAAGUUUUCUUCCCAUUUUGAAAGGGGUACAUUUACAUAUAAAAAGUAGAACACUGUAAUGUUGUUUUAUGUGUACAGAUCAAUAGCAUGAGGACCACAAAAUGGUCAUCUUGUGUAAAGCUAUUGUAAAAUUGUGUAAAUUAUAAAUACUCUAACCAGCAAUGAAACUUGUUUUUGUGACAUGCUUACCUCAGUAAUAAAACUUUAUUUUGCUUUC